AUGAGUUCCGAUUCACUAGAUUGGUUAUGGGAAGAUUUUUAUUCAUAUAAUCUGGUUGAAGAAACCGUAGAUGAUUAUUUAGAUACUAUUAACGAUGAUAAUUCGUUCACCAGCUCCAAUUCUAGUAACAAUAUUGAUUGUUCAUUAUUAAUCAGAGAUAAUAUAAUAGAAGAAGAAGAAGGAGGACGAGAAGGAGAAGAAGAAUUUAAUGAUUAUGCUGAUGAUAUAAACGAAAGUAUACCAGAAAUCUUUCCAGAAUCAUACACGAAAAAUUCAAAUAUUGAAAAGCUAAUAGUUUUUUGUGCUGAAAAUUUUAUUGAACAAUUUAAAGUAAAAUAUCCUGAUAGACGGCAGUUAGUUUUAAUACCACAAAAUGAAUGCGGUGUCCGAAAAGUUGUUUGUACUACAAUCAAACCAUCUCGAUUAGUCUAUUCCGAUUUGAUCGAAUUGAUCAGUUACAGUCAGUUUGUGGCUAAACACAUAACAUAUGUCAAGUUAAAAGAUCCUCUAGCUUUGCCUAACAAAAUUGUAUCUCCUGCAACGACAUUAAAAACGCAAAUCGCUAAUUGUUUUGAAUUGGCAAUAUUAUUAGUAUCAUUUUUAAUUGGUUGUGGGUACAAUGCUUUUGUUAUAUAUGGAUAUGCCACAGAAAUUGUGUGUAAUAAUGAUCUACGAAAAAUCAAGAUAGAUAUUCCAAAAGAACCAAUCGAUGAACAAGAAUUAAAUUCUGAGAGUAAGGAAGACAUUAUAGAUGAUCCUUAUGCCGUAGAACCUAUGAUUGAUUUGUGUAAUGAUUAUGUUAACUUCUUAAUGGAAGAAGAAAAAAAUGAAAUUGUAGUAAAUGAUGAAACAAUAGAGAUAGAAUUUGAAAAUUUGUCCGAUCCGCUAUUUGGUAAACGAGUACACGCAUGGGUCAUGAUUAUGCCGUUGGAAACUGAAGACGAUACAUAUAUAUCUGAGGUUCCAUAUUUCAUUGAACCUAGUACAGGUGAACGGAAAGAAAUGUCUGAUGAAAAUUACAUUGGAAUAGAAGUGGUUUGGAAUCAUAAUAAUUAUUGGGUUAAUUUGCAGCCCUUGGUAGGAGGUUGUACGCAAUAUAAUUUUACUUUAAUGAGUACAAAUUAUUGGGAACAUUUUUUACCAGACAAACUUCAAAAUGUACAAAGAAGUAAUUUAAAAAGUCUUGAGAUGCCCAAUUCGUGGGUCACUGCUAUAGAAGUUCCUAUAAAUAAAUAUCUUAUGCUGUAUCCAAACGGUAAAAAAAUCGUGCCAUAUAUGAAUGCAAUUAAAGAGUUUUAUGCUGAUUAUGUCAUGCCUAAUGGACUGAUUAAAAGAACAACGUUUUAUACCGAACAAGAGUAUUUAAACAAAAUAUUUAUUCAAGAAAUAUUUAAAAAUAGAGUAGACAAAUUGAUCUGUAUUGACACAAAAUAUACCGUCAAAGGAAUUGAAACUAUAGAAUAUUUUAAACCCGGCCGAGAUGACUAUUUAAAAAAACAUAAGUUUUAUGGUGAUUGUAACAAUAUAGAGACCACGCGUUUAAUCACAUUUUAUAAUUUGAGGCUUGAUUCAAUGGCUGAAAUUAAAAUUAAUGAAAAUAGUUUCAUUAUAACGUAUAACGAUAGAUCGGAUUUAUUAUUCUGGCAGCUGUGUGUAUUUUGUAGAACAAUAAGCAAUAAUUCCCAGAAUAUAAACGAUAAAAGGAAACCGAAGUGUGUAAUUGAAAAAUAUUUAAGAAAUGAAUCGAAACAUAAAGAUCUAGAUAUUGCCACUUUAAGUUUUGAUCUUGAAAGUGGUACUAUUUAUGUUCAAUAUCAAUAUGGAGAAGGUCAGAUCACACAAUCGAGUAGACUAUUUAAAAAGCCAACUUAUAGUUCAAUAAAAAAUGAAAAGUUCAAUCCCGAAUCAGUCAUUGAAGAUAUCGUUUAUCCAUAUGUGAGUCUUUUGAAAACUCAUGAAGCGUAUAUCAUGUUACAAGACAUGAUUGAAAUUGAAAAAAAAUCACUUAUUAACGUUUCGAAAUUGGAAGAUAAUGUUAUACAGAUACUGGAAACGCGUAGUCAAGAACGAUCAGAGUUUAAGUUAAAAAUCGAUUCAUUGGAUUGGAACCGGAAUCAUAGGAUUAAACAAUUACUCCAAGAUAAAAAAGAUAAAAAAUAUAAAUUUGCUAUAAAAGACUCGGUUGCUUCAAGUAUAAGAGACAAAAUCAUAAAACACUUCAGACAAAGUACCAAAAAUCAAUUUAUACAACUUAAACAAUUGUUUGAAAAGAAAAAUUUGGAGCUGCUGUCUUUGACGAAGUCACUAGAAUCUAAUGAUACAGAACACAGAGAUAGAAAUUUAAUUAUGUGUUCGCAAUUGAAAAACGAAUUAAAUAUAUUGACGUUGAAAUUAAAAAGAUACAAAGAGUCACGUAUUAGAAGAUACAACAAUUUGGCAACAUAUAUAAAUAGUAAUCCUGAUUAUAAAAUGUUAUCACCUUUAAAAUUAUUUGUUUAA